AUGCAACAUAAUCAAGCAUCGUUGGUUCCUGUAAUUCCUACAGUUCAAAGAGAUCCAGCAACACGUAGAUUUGGAAUUAUUUUUCUCAUUACAUUAGCAUUUGUUACAGUAGGAGUUGCUAUUGGUAUUGGAGUUGGAAAUCUUGCUCAUUAUAAUUAUUUUCCACCGAGCAAUCAGACAAAUGUUCCUCCUGAGUAUCUCUUUAAUAUAACUUAUGGUUGA